GUCUCUGAGAAGACUCUCUGAAGACUCCUCCUCUCAGUUUUAUGUCAUCACUACAUUAUGUGGCAUGGAAAUGGUUGACUUGUCAGCUGCUCUGAAAAACACAGAAGAAGUGCUGGAGGAAGUCAGAAGUCACCCAGAAGAAGUCACUGAGGUCGGACAUGAACAGUGGAUACAUCUACAUUUUCAGCUAAUUUGACGCCCUUAUUGAUGUAGUCUAAGAACACAGUGUCAUCUCAUCUGUUCUGCCGUUGGAAGAUGGCUACCGCAGCCGGGGACCCCCACCUUGGCUCAGGCCCUGAUGAAGACGACCUGUCUCUGUCAGGGAGUGAGUCCGAUUCAGACAGCAUUCUCUCAGAUGACUCGGUGCUCCCUGACUACAAGUCGGAGUUUACGAACGCCGGCGUCGCAACAACUCUGUAUCAAGCAUGCGCCCGCAAUGACCCUGUCUCUCUGCGCAAAGUGCUGGAGAGGGGGGUCACAAAAGAAGAAGCCAUGGAGCUGGACAUCAAUAGCUGGAACGGCUUGAUGUUGGCUUGUUGCAAAGGUUAUGUGGACAUUGUGUAUGGGCUCCAUAGUUGUCCCUUCCUCGACAUAAAUCAUCAGGACAAUGAAGGCAACACUGCUCUGAUGAUUGCAUCCCAAGCAGGUUAUGUAAACACAGUCAUGUAUCUCCUAAACUACUACUCUGGAAUAGACACGGAAAUAAGAGACUGUCGAGGCUUCACAGCCCUCAUCAAAGCUGCUAUGACGGGCCGUAAUGACGUCGUGGCUGCCCUUGUUAUGGCUGGGGCUGAUACACAUGCAGUAGACACCACAAAAGAAAAAUGUGCUCGGGACUGGGCACUAAAAACUGGUCGAUAUGAGACCCUGUUUCGUCUCCGUCGCCUUAAUUUGCGGCCGAAAGCUGAGCAGUUCUGUGAGAAUUUCAUCCCUGAGUGGCCUGAGCUCAAGGAGCGGGUAGCCAAGGCCACAGCUGAGAAAAGUGCCAGGGAAAAAAUUACUCAGCGGUUAAAGAACACAUUUGGAUUCAGAUUACCUCGUGACCCUGAGGAUAACGGGUGCCUGGACCAUAUGGUGCGCAUCACCACCAGUGUCCACAGUCCCCUGAUUUCAACUGGAUGCCGUCCCCUCUGUCCUACAAGCCCUCCUGAGGUGGGGAAGAGGCGCUUGGCUGUCCCAGAGCUGGUGAAGAAACACCCAGAAAAGGAGUUAGUAGAGAGCUCAGUGUGCCACAGUAAUGGUUCAGUAUCACACAUCAUACCCACAAUGCAAUCUGCAGAGUCCAUCACUACAACGUGCUGUACUGACCCUGACAGGCGAGGCAGCAUCCUGUCUAUGGCUUCCACCAAAGUCGCUUCUACAUUUAUUCCCCGCAGUAUGGCGAGACGAAACAGCGUGUUCCCUUCUGGCUGCAUCCCCCAGAUCAACAUCCACAGGCCUACAGAGGCAACGCCAAAGAAACAAAAGAAGAAGAAGAAAAUGGAAAAGGGCUUCCUGGAACCACCCAAGUGGAAGUACAAGGAGAUCAAGGACGAGAAAAAGAAGGAGAAGAAGAAGGCAGAGAAAGAAAAGAUAGAGAAGGAGAAAAAGGAGAAAAAGGAGAAAAAGGAAAAAGACAAGAAGAAGGUAAAGAAUUAAAAAGGCUGUUUGGCUGUAUGAACCAUUUAUUACCAAAUAUUCAGCCUUCGUUGCACUUAUAUCCUUUAGGAAAAAUAAGUUAGAAAGGAGAUUUUUUUGUUUUUGUUAAAUCUGAACUGUAGAGGAACAUAAAUGAGCCCUGCAAUGACAAAGUGGGAGGAGUUUGAAGCAUAAUCUCCACAAUGUUUCGGGGCUCUGAUUAUA